GUGUUAGGAUUACAGGCAUGAGUCACUGUGCCCGGCCUGUCUUAUUGUCCUAACUAGUUCUUCCAGGCAAAUGCUGGAGAAUAAUAGUGAGAACACACAUCUUUCUCCUGUUCCUUGUUUUCAGGAAAAAACUUCUAGCUUGCAAGGAAAGCUUUCAGAGAAGGUUUAUGUUUUGGCAAGACUCUCCUGACUGCUCCAAGGGCCUCCUUCCAGCUGCUCUGUCGCCUCUAGGAGUCUUGAGGAAGAUGCCAUCACCGCAGACAAUGACUCCUGGGCUGGAGCUACAAAGCCCCAAAGAAGCUGAGGAGCCACAGACCCCAGCUCAGCGCACCCGGCGGACAAGCAGCAGCAAAGAGCCCAGUGCCCUUCAUGAUGACACCAUGAGGCCGGGCCUGGGCACCUUGAGGCGUGCCUUCUCCAGGGCAAGCCAGCGGGCCUUGGCUCAGGUCUCCAAAGAAGACUCAGGGCUGCUAUGGCGAAGGUCCUACUCCCUGUUCCGAUCCUUCAGGCGCGCCCUGGAUGAGGGACCAGCUCCUGGCCAGUCCCAGGUUGCUAUUAUGCCAGAGGUGUCCUCAAGGGUCAAGGAUGGUGUCAGCUGGCAGGCAUCUUCUGGGGUGGGGCCCAAGGAACUGGAAUCCAAGGCAGAAGGCAAAUCUGUGGCCGACCUCAUUACUGAACGGCAACUGCUGGCGGCCUUCGAACAGCUUCGGCACCUAGAGACGAGGCUGGUGGCUGAGAAAGCCUCGCAUACCUUUGAACAGGACCCUACGGCCUUUGCUCGGCGCGCCAUGGACUUAUGCCUACAUUACGAUGGUCUAGCAGCAGAGAUCGGAGCCAUCGUGCGCGAGACGCUGGGACCCGACGGUGUGGACGCUGCCGUGCUAGCUCAGGUAGCCCACGUGGUGCGCGCCGAAGAAGAGGCCCAUCCAGCGUCCCCUGCUGACGGAGACUUUCUGUGUACGCCCCGCCGCUGGCGCCAGCACUGGGAGGAGGCCGUGCAGCGAAGUGCGCAGGAGCGAGUGCGGCAGGCGGGAGCUGGGGGUACAUCUGGGGCCGAGGAGGGCUCGUCGGGCCUGGCCCAGCUUCUGGCCCAGCUUGGUGGGUUGGUUCGCCACGAUCUACAGAAGGUGCGGCUGGAGGUGCAGCCGGCGUACGCAGCAGCCGGCUUUCCAGCAUGGGAGGCCUACCAGAGCGCCUUUCACGGCGCGGUGGCCCAGACCCUCCAGGAGCUAGCGCAGGACGCCCAUGGCUGCGAGCAGCUCUACCUCCUGCUGGACUGGGCUGCCAACGUCUAUGGCAGUCCUGACUUCCUGGGCUCCCCUGGCCUGGAGCAGCCCACGGAGCCCCUGCCCCCGCUUCUAGCACCUGAUGUGUGGGCUCAACUGGAGAGAGACUACACUAGCUUCCUCGAGACCAAGAUUACAGGCUGCUUCGAUAGCAUCUUGGAGCUGGAGAAGAGUCGCUGGGUGGCUGCUGAAGCCCCCAACGUGCUGCAGGGCUUCUACCACGUGCCACUGUCCAUCGACGUCCACAUGCUUGUGGCCGAGCACGUGAAGGCGGGCGGCGCUAUCUCAACUGAGCUGGAGGCCACCACCCUGCAGAUCUGCGCGCGGGCGCUCGGUCUCUUCGUGCCCAGGUUUGAAAAGGCUUUUCUGGAGUCGAAGGCAGUGAGUGAGCCACAUCUGGGAGCCUACAUUAACGCCUGCGAGGAGCUGAGGACCAGUCUUCUGGCCAGGUUUCCAGGAACCUUAGAAGAGCUAGAGAAGCCCUUGGUGGCUGCUACCUGUAGCUUCCAGAAGCACCUCCUUCAGGACUUGCAGCGUGACAUGCAGCCACUCUUUAGGGUUGUGUGUACCAAGGGCUGGCUGACACAGGACACGCUUCGUCCCCUCAUGGACAAGGUGCUGGCUUUUGCUCAUCAUCUAGAGCAUGUAGUCCGGCCAUGGGCACAGGAGACUCUGCAGGAGGUGCACCGGUAUGUGGUCCGUGAGUACUUGGUGCAGGUGCUGAGACCACGAGAGCGGUUUCGGGGUGUCGAGCGGGUGAACAGCUCCCAGAAGAUGAACCUUGAUGCCCAAGCCAUCAGUGACACCUUCCAGGGCUUGGGCUCUGAGGCCAAGUGGCUGGACCAAGCCAUCCCGUGUGUGGCCGAGAUCCUGGGUGAGACAUACAAAGAUGACAUCCAGCGGCAUCUGGAGACACUCAUCCAGAGCUACCCCGACAUCAGGCGGGAUCACAUACUGGCCAUUCUGGCCUUGCGCAGACUGGGCCGCCGUCGGAACCACAGCCUCCUGCAGCAUGCCCAGGAGCUGCUGAAGGCUGUGGCCAAGGCAGUGAACUCAGGGGCCACUGGACCCCAUGUACUCUUUGGGGAGAUUGAGGUGCCCACCUCUAUGGAUGUGCUAAUCACCUGCAUUUAGAGCUCUGUGGCCUGAGAGAGGGCUGUCCUCAGGUGGAGGAUCAGAUACCCUCCUAAGGCACUGAGCCCUGAGCUAGGAGCCUAGGGAGUCACUCUCGGCCCUGCCCCCACUCUGAAGCCUGUAGUUAGGGAAUUUUUGUCUUCAGCCAAGCAGGGCUGCUCAGCCAGAAGGAACAGCAAUGAUAAAGGAAGGCACUUCAGGCAUUUGUGGGGGAGUAUUUUGGGUCCUUCAGAGUUUCCCUUCAAUACUAACCCCCGCUCCGGGGGGGUUUCCUGCCUGCCUAACUGUCCAAUACGAUCCCCCAGUCUGAAAGUAAAGGUCAGAGUAUUUAUUUAAAAAUAAAUGUCAAGUAAAA